AGAUAAAAAUAAGGAAAAUAGAAAUAAAAAUUUAGUCCUCGUUUCGCGCUUUACGUCUUGACCACUAUAACAAGGAUUAUAGUUACACACUUUCCUUGUGGCAGAAACAAAAUGAAAAUGAUUCAUCGAAAACUGGGAUAAACUAGUGAAUUGGAAAAUAUAGAGAUAAAGCAACACAGUGCACUUGCAAGGCAAUGUAUUUAUUCAACGGCACACUAACCCGUAGAAAUCCCUGAAAGGAUUCACACCACAGCACAGGAUGAGGAGGAUGGUUGGUUUUUGUCUCUACACUAUAAAGGAUAUGCUUUCAAGAUAAUUUUCACGAGUCUUGUAUUUUAAUUUUGGAAUUUAUUUAUUUUAAUUAUUGACUUUAUAAAAAUGAUUUGUUUUAAAUUAUUUAUUAUGGUUUUGUUGAUGAAAUUUUAUAGAUUAACUUGAACGUGGGAGAAUGGGAUAUUUCCAUUUGAUUAGAAUGAUGGGGUGUGGAACUUGUUUGAAUGAGUGAGUUGAUUUGACUAAUUCCCAUGGACGACAGGAAAGUUGACUUGGGAAAGGUAAGGAGUGCUGGCUGGCAGCAAUUCCUUGCGAAGCCGUUUGUCUCUUUCUUUCCUAUGUUUGGACUGACCGAGUCCCUAUGACUUUUACGUCAAUACCAUAACAAUUAAUUAAUCUUUCUCACAUUAAAGUUUCUCCUUUUACUUUUCAUAUUUCAAUUAUUGAACAAAAGGAGAAGGAAGAAGCAGCAGCAGCAGAAGAAGAAAGAUUUGAUCGGACUUGAACUUGAAACAAGAGGAAAACAAGAGGAGAAUAAGAACAACAAACACUCCACUAAUUCUUGUUUGAUUCCAAUGGGAAUUUGCUGGGCUUCUCCCCCUCACCACCCAACCCCCACUUCAACUCCAACAACCACCGGUAACCUUAGUAGCAGCACAGGUUUCUUCUUUGCCUUUUCGUCUCAAUUCUUUUCAUUUCUCUCCCGUCCAUUUCAUUUCACUUAUUCUCUCUUUUAUUAUCACUAUGUAGCUACUUUGGGGCAAUCGCAGAGCAGCUAUACUACCUCUUCUGGAAGUGGGAACAGCUCCAUAAAUAGCAAGUUCUCGGCGUCAAGCGGCGAUGAGCCUUAUCCGAAUGGCCAGAUCUUACCUACCUCUAACUUGAGGAUCUUCACUUUUGCCGAGUUGAAGGCUGCGACUAGGAAUUUCAGAGUUGAUACUGUGCUCGGGGAGGGAGGUUUUGGAAAAGUCUACAAAGGUUGGCUUGAAGAUAAGGCCGCACCAAAGAGUGGAAGCGGAACGGUCAUUGCCGUCAAAAAGCUCAACUCCGAAAGCUUACAAGGACUGGAGGAGUGGCAGUCAGAAGUAAAUUUUCUAGGACGCCUCUCUCAUCCUAAUCUGGUUAAGCUGUUGGGAUACUGUUUGGAGGAAACAGAGCUUCUUCUCGUCUAUGAAUUCAUGCAAAAGGGCAGUUUGGAAAAUCAUCUAUUUGGAAGGGGCGCUGCUGUUCAACCACUUCCUUGGGACAUCAGACUUAAGAUUGCAAUUGGAGCAGCUCGUGGCCUUGCAUUCUUGCAUAUAUCCGAGAAAGUAAUUUACAGAGACUGUAAGGCUUCCAAUAUAUUGCUUGAUGGGUCCUAUAAUGCAAAGAUAUCAGACUUUGGCUUGGCAAAACUGGGUCCUUCAGCAAGUCAAUCCCAUGUGACAACAAGGGUGAUGGGCACAUACGGUUAUGCAGCUCCUGAAUACGUGGCCACAGGGCAUCUAUAUGUGAAGAGUGACGUAUAUGGGUUUGGAGUUGUGUUGGUUGAGAUACUAACAGGCCUAAGAGCACUUGAUAUCAACCGUCCAAGUGGGCAACAUAAUCUAACAGAUUGGGUGAAACCACGCCUGCAUGACAGAAGAAAAUUGAAGAGCAUUAUGGAUUCUCGGUUGGAAGGAAAAUUUCCAUCCAAAGCUGCAUUUCGUAUAGCUCAGGUUGCUUUAAAAUGUCUUGCAUCUGAGCCCAAACAGCGGCCAUCAAUGAAGGAAGUUUUGGAGAACUUGGAGCGAAUUCAAGCUGCCAAUGAGAAAACUGUGGAGCCCAAGUCCCGCUCUACUCAUACCCCUCAAGUUCAGCGGGCUGUGCACCAUCGUUCUUCUCUUCAUCCAAAGCAUGACGGUAGUUGGUCUUGAGAAAACUAAUCCCACUCUAUGAAUGGCUGUGUUAUUUGUCUCUCCAUUCAAGACUUUCCCGGUUGUUCAUUACUACGUAUUUCUUGGACUCGAGAGAUUUGUACCCGUAUAUCAUAUAUUAUUUUGCUAGUAGUGUAAAGUGUAAAUGUUAUCAUAUAUAACUGUCUUCACUGAGUUGUGGUUUUGCUAAACAGAUGGAGAGGUCUCUAGCUAGUUCAUUACUAUAUAUACGUACCUCCCUUUGUAGUCUGUAU